CAAGUCAUGGGCUUUCCGUCGAUUUUCCCUUCAGCCUGUCCAGCAGAAGAAGAUCCCAAACCGGUACUUGGGUCAGCCCAGCCCCUUCACACACCCGCACCUUCUCAAACCAGGGGAGGUAACUCCAGGAUUGUCCCAGGUGGAAUAUGCUCUUCGCCGGCACAAACUGAUGGCACUGAUCCAGAAGGAGUCGCACGGCCAGGAUGGGCUGGACCACACCGUGAUUCUGCUCUCCAAUCCUACGUACUACAUGAGCAACGAUAUCCCCUACGUUUUCCACCAGGACACUAACUUUCUGUACCUGUGCGGCUUCCAGGAGCCUGACAGCAUCCUCGUGCUGCAGAGCCUCCCCGGCAAAGCACUGCCCUCCCACAAGGCCAUCCUCUUCGUGCCCCGCAGAGAUCCGAGCCGGGAGCUGUGGGACGGGCCCCGGUCAGGCCCGGAUGGGGCAGUUGCUCUCACAGGAGUGGAUGAAGCUUACCCUGUGGAGGAGUUCAGGCACUGGGUAACCAAACUGAAAGGUGAGUCAAACAUGAUUUGGUAUGACCUGACCAAGCCAGUGCAUGCACAGCUACACUCUGACUACCUGCAGCCCUUGGCCGAGAUAAAAGCUCGGAGCCAGAACCACGUCCAGGGCAUCCGACGCCUAGUGCAGAACCUUCGGCUGAUCAAAUCUCCUGCAGAGAUUGAAAGGAUGAAGCUUGCAGGGCAGGUGACAGCAGAGGCUUUCAUAGAGACAAUGUUUGCCAGCAAAUCCCCAGUGGAUGAAGCCUUUCUAUAUGCAAAGUUUGAAUUCGAGUGCCGGGCUCGUGGUGCCGACAUCUUGGCCUACCCUCCUGUUGUUGCUGGUGGCAAUAGAUCCAACACUUUGCACUAUGUGAAGAACAACCAGCUCAUCAAGGAUGGUGAGCUGGUCUUGCUAGAUGGUGGAUGUGAGUCUUCAUGCUACGUAAGUGACAUCACGCGUACGUGGCCCAUCAACGGAAGAUUCACUAAACCCCAAGCAGAACUAUACCAGGCUGUCCUGGAUAUCCAAAAGUCUUGCCUGAGCCUCUGCUCCCCAGGUGUCACUCUAGAGAAUAUCUACAGCCUCAUGCUGAGCCUUGUUGGACAGAAACUGAAAGAACUGGGUAUCCUCAAGGGCAGCAUCAAUGAGAGCCACUUCUUCAAGGCCAUUCAAAAGUAUUGUCCACACCACGUGGGCCAUUACUUGGGCAUGGAUGUACACGAUACCCCAGAUAUGUCCCGAUCGCUCCCCCUGCAGCCAGGCAUGGUGAUCACCAUUGAACCAGGCAUCUACAUCCCUGAGGAUGAUGUAAGCGCCCCGGAGAGGUUCCGUGGCAUCGGCGUGCGCAUUGAGGAUGACGUUGUGAUAACGGAGGAUGCGCCACUCGUCUUGUCUGCUGACUGCCCCAAAGAGCUUGACCACAUUGAGCAGAUCUGUGGCCGCAGCUCGUGACACCCCUCCUCG